AUGUUUUCUAUUCCGCCGGAAGUUCAACUUGACGUUUUAAAAUGUCUUAAUUUUGAGCAAUUAUUCUCUCUCCGACAAUCAAAUUCUUAUUUUUGCAAUUUAAUUAAUAAAUAUGAGGGAGGAUUGGCCCGAAUGGAAUUUGAUAAAUUCUCUUUGGUUGAUACCAGAAAAAUCCAUAGUCAAGAUAUAAUCAUUAAACUUGAGCCUGUAAUUUCUGAUUUUGUUUUGGAUGAUCAGCUUAUGAAGAAGUGGAAAACAGCGAUAGCUGAAUCGUUUACGUUGUUUUUACAUGAUUUUGGAGAUAAUAAAAGCUUUGUUGUUUGUGUAGGGAAAACAGAUGACAACAAACCCCAUUAUAUUUUAAAAUUUCCAAACGUGCCAAAAACAAUAGAAGAAAUGUUUAUUGUUCGAUUUUGGUUACAACAACUUUUUAACUGUGCCUUUUUUCAAACAAGAUUUGAAUAUAUUAUAUUUAAUCCAAAAAUGAUUAAUUUAUUAUUUGAUAAUGACAAAACAAUUCUUACACAAUUUCACGUUCAAUCCCUCCGUCUAAUGUCUAUCAAUGCCAAUAAUACAAUCGAAAAUAUUUUGAAAUUUGGUUUAAUUCACUUUGAUAUUUAUGAGUCUGUCAACACUACCUUUUUUGGUGACCUUUCAGAGCAACAUACUAAUAUUUUAUUCAAUAUUAUAAUAAAUGAAGGCAAUAAAGUUCCUCGAGUUUAUUUGGGUAUUUAUAAAUCUUCAAGAUCUUCAAUGCUUUAUGAUCUUAUUAUUAAAGUAAGAGUUAUUUAA